GGGCUCACGAACGUGUGCUGUUGCGUCUCAACUCCUCCCUUCACCAAUUUGUCCGCAUCGACCAUGUCACGACGCCAGUCUCUCAGCCGAAAAAUCGAUGACAUUCUCGCAGCGGGUGGCGACAUGGCGAUCCAAGUUCUCAGAGCCGUUCAUUCUACCGCUGAUGUGUUCCCUCCAUUGAAGGGUGCCACUGGCACCGCACUCCUCAUCCUCAACGAAGUUCAAAUGUUCCAGGAGGAUAAGAAGGAAUGGGAGGACUUCGGGAACUACGUCGUCGAAAACGUGGCCGAGGUAGUUGCAGCCAUAAGGUCCUAUGAUUCGUCCUCAGAAGAGGCAAAGCCAUGGGUAGAGAGCGCUACAAAGCUUGAUGGCGCCCUACGGAAUAUUCAGGCCCAAAUCGAAGGAAAGCUCACAAAAAUGAACAAACGACCCACCCUAAUAAGCGCAUUGUCCCCCACGAGAAGGAUUAGGGUUAGUAGCCUAAGGAAAGAUCUUGACGAUGCAUUGGCAUCGUUUCAGCUGAGGGUAAACUUAGGAAUUGGUGUCAAAUUAUCAGCCAUAGGAGAUAGUAUAGGCCGUCUACAACGGCAGAAUUCUUGGUAUCUUCGACACCCCCACGGCGCCUAUCAUCAUUCAACUGGGCCAUGCUUGAACGGCACCAGGGUCGACCUCAUUGAGCGUAUUAUGACCUGGUGUCGCAAUACUGGGGAUAAUGAUAAUCGGCUAAUGCUGCUCACUGCUGUGGCCGGCGCCGGCAAGACUUCGAUCGCACACACCUUAGCAGAAAGGUGUGCAAAGGACGAGGAAGACGCUACCUUGUUACUAUCCUUCUGCUUCAAGGGUGGGGAACAGUCGUGGCCCGAACGUCUGCUCAGUGCCAUAGCUCAAGCUCUAGAAAGCCGCGACCCGGUUUAUCGCAUUUUCAUUGCUUCGGCCCGUCGGAAAGACCCUGCUCUUUCGAUGGCUCCACUCCUGAUACAGUUCAAGAAAUUGGUGGCUUCGCCCCUCCUCCAUAAACCUCCCCUUUCCAACCGCCCCAUGGUGGUCAUCAUUGACGCCUUAGACGAAUGUAACAAAAAAGCAUUCGAACCCCUUGCUCAUAUUCUUCGGGAGGAAAUCCCAAAAUUACCGUCCUCCAUAAAAUUCUUUAUCACAUCGCGACAAUCUGAUAUAGUUAAUCGCUUCCUCUCGCCUCAUCUUCUCAUCGACCGACUUACCAUUAAUCUUUCGGAUGACGCGAACGUGCGGGACUGCGCGGAGUACAUACGUUCGGAGCUGCAAGCGCUGAGGAGUUGUCAUCCCGAAAUACGAUAUAGACUUCAGGACGAGGAGAGAACGGUACAAGAGAUCUCGGAACGAGCAGGAGGCUUGUUUGUUUGGAUCAGCACCGUCUUUCGCUAUAUGAAGAUGGCCAACAACGACCCUAUGAGGACGCUGGAAAAACUGCUCGGUGCAGACGCGGAAGGAUCGGCGGUUUCUGCUGAGGAAAUGAUGGAUUGCUUAUAUACAAGCAUUCUGAAGAAGUGCGAUUGGGCGGAUGACGAUUUUGUACAUGACUAUCCAGUCGUGAUGGGAGCAUUAUUCGCUGCACAACAACCUCUGUCUAUUGCAGCUUGGGACGCGAUUUUGUCGCCUUUCUUGAGGUCUUCUGUUCGAUAUACGCUGGCCGAACUUGCACCUCUCCUCGAAGGGGUUGAAAACCCUUAUAUUCCGAUCCGCAUCUUACACCAAUCCUUCCGCGACUUCAUUCUGGAUCGAAUUCAUCCUCAAUUAAUCAGCCUUCGUUGCAGUCCAGUAGAUGUGAGGAUGGGCAAUGCGAUGAUUUCCCUACGUUGUACUCAGAUUCUGAAUCAGGAUCUUUGCUCCAUAGAGAGCCUAGGACUGAUUAAGAAUUUGUCGGCACAAGAUGAACUGCCUCACAUUUCUCCAAAGGAGUUGUCUGAGCACUUGCAUUACGCUUGCCGUUACAUUAUUUACCACCUUAGUGAUGUCCAUGUACCCUUGCAGGGGCUCCAUGAGUCGGUUCGCAUAUUCCUCGGCCACCACGCAAGUCGCUGGGUGGAGGUCUGUGUGAGAAUGGAAGGCUACGUCAAUAUCUCGAUACUUCCUGAGUGGGCUAAGUUGGCGGUUGACCAAAAGUCAAAAACUGCUAUGCGCGGCCUGGUCAACAUUUCAUGAGGCAUACGAGGCAGCAAACGAUUCGGUUGUGCUGUGCCGUUACCUUGUUUCUGUGGACUCAGAGACCUACAACCCGGAAUUGGCCAGGUCCCUCAACACUUUA